CUGUGCAGCCGCCCAGGGGCGUUGGUGGGCGCACCCGUCCCCGCGGCGAUGAGGGCGGGCCGGGACCCGGAAGAGGAGCCGCUGUCGACCGCCUGACUUCCCAGGCAGGCAGGCAGGCAGGCAGGCAGAAGGGGCGGGCGCCAUGCUGCAGUUCUUGCUUGGUUUUACUCUUGGCAAUGUGGUUGGGAUGUAUCUGGCUCAGAACUAUGAUAUUCCUAACAUUGCAAAGAAGCUUGAAGAUUUUAAGAAGGAUGUGGAAGCUAAGAAGAAACCUCCCAGUGACAAGUCCUAAGGGAGUGGUGUUACCCAAGUCACCUCUGUGCAUGCGUCAAGGAUGCAAUUUACCUUUCAGGCAACAAAGAUCAAGUAGAGGUUUGGCAUGGGAGCUUCCUCCGCUUUUAGUCUCCUAGAGCCAGAAUGUCCUGUUUUGAAAAAGCAACCAUGAACUUUUUUGUGGGACUGAUUUUCAAGGGUUUCAGAAUUUUGGAUUUGCAACAAUAUGACUGGAUAAUAUCACUUGUACUUUUCGUUACUGCUUUUCCUAAUAUUUUAUAGCACAUUUUUACCUGAUCCAACUGGAGAAUAGUGUUAGUCCUAUUAUUAUGUAUACCUCAUACUUUGUAAUACCCUAAGUCUUAGAAUACCGCAAAAGAAAUUAAAUGCAUCAUGAAUUAACUUUCAGGGUUUCUUGUAAUUUGUUGUGGGUACUUCUUAAGAUCUGCAUUCCAUUUGAGAUGGGAACUUCCUGAGAGGUGCAACAAUAAAGUUAAUUUAUCAAGCUAUGAACUUGGGGGGAAGGAGAAGUUUCUGCUUUUUCCGUUAUGUUAAAUGAUCACUUCUACCAGUGUAAAAUUUGUGCUAUCUCUGAUGAUUCCGGAAGGCAUAAAAGGUUGUCUAAUUUAA